CUAUUCAACAAAAAAAAAAAAAUAUAUUAUAAUGUUAAGGAUUCCACAAUGGGGUACACCAUUGUGGAUGGUCUAAUAAACGUCACCCCAGUUAACUCUUAGCAAAAUCGGAUCUUACAUGACACGGCGUCGUUUGAACGAAUCUUCAACCUUCUUACUUCUUCUUGUUCUUCCUCUCACGGUCUCACCUGCCCUAUAAAUGAAACUCUCUUUGUAUAUUAUUAAAAAAACCCAACUUUUAUUAAUCACUGCUCACUCACUCUCUCUCUCUCUACAAACCCAGCUCCGAUGGGCUUCCCCGUAGGCUACACAGAGGUUUUUCUCCCAAAGCUGUUCGUACAAACACUCUCAAUACUCAGUUUCAUCAGAACCCUCGUCUUCUCUCUCUUCCGCUUCUUGGGCCUCUCAGACUUCCACGAAACGGAUCAAACCUGGCCCGACUACACAUCUUACCCGACCCACAUACCCGAACUCCGCUCACCUUUCUCCGCCUUACUCAUCCGCGAGAUCUUACCUGUUAUCAAGUUCGAAGAUGUAACAACCUCCGGCGAGGAUCUUCCGGAAAGCUGCGCCGUCUGUCUCUACGAGUUUGAAGGAGAGCAAGAGAUCCGGUGGCUCAGAAACUGCAAACAUAUAUUCCACCGGAGCUGUUUGGACCGUUGGAUGGAUCACGACCAGAAGACGUGUCCUCUUUGCAGAACACCGUUUGUUCCAGAUGAGAUGCAAGAAGAGUUUAAUCAAAAGCUAUGGGCUGCUUCUAGUGUUCAUGAUUUCCACAGUGAGUACUGUCCCGUGACGGAACUAUAGAUAAAAGCUUUUGUGCCUCUCCCUCCUUGUGUCUUUUGUUUUUUUUUUUCUGACUUUUCACCACUGUACUUUUAAGUUUGCGUUUUUCACCCUUACUAACACUAGAUUUUCCACCCCUCCCGAUUUUACUAACAUAUGAAUGAGAUGAGCAAUAAAUAUUACGAAAACACAUACAAAAACAGAGUAGUAGAUUGUUUGCUUUCUGAAUAAAAGUUUGGGUAAGAGAUGAUUUGUCUCAAAUCUCAAUGCAACAAAGUACUUUUUGGAAUCUAAAAUAAAAAAAUAUGUGCCGAGUUAUCCAUUUAGAGAUAAAAGAUAUGCUAACUAAACUCAGAAACUGGAUUAAAAUGCUAAUACUAUCCACACAAAAACUGAUCUGACCUCUGAAUUUUAGUCCAAUCUUCUCUCUUUUCUUUUUAAUCCAACGUUUAUAUGCAGCCUG